AUGAAGUCUGUCAAGCGCCCUAAAGUGGACAUCUUUCGACCACCGCUGCAAACGUAUGCUAAUCAAAUUGAGAACAUAACGAAGAAAUCGUUUAGUGAUGUGCUCUUUGAGGACAUAAAAGACUACCGGCGACAUAUAUAUGAAAGCGACUGCAGAGCAGCAGAAAUGAGGCAAGAGAUUGAAAAGCUGAAACAGCAGGCCCUGGUUUCUGAAGCAAUGAUUAAAAGUCAGCAGAAGACAGCUAAAAAACAGAAAGAAAGUACAGCAAAGUUGUACACAUCCAUGACAUGUGUUGUUUGUCUCAAGCAUUUCGACAGUGUCGAGAGACUACCAUUCUUUUUAAGCUGCUGUCACAUGGUUUGUGAAGCAUGUAAGGAUAAAGCUGAUGAUGAAACUAUUGCGUGUCGCAUCUGUGGAAUCACAAGCGAGGCAAAGACCCUACAGGCUCACCAAAUCUUGCUUGACGUUAUAAGAGGACUCGAAAACCUAAUUUUGCAAUAAUUUCAAAGCUGGAUGGCUGCCCUGUCGUGUGGUUUAAUAAUAAUAAUCUUUAUUGUCCGUAAGGAAAUUUGUCUUACAAUUUGUGCAUUACACCAAACAAAAAACAUUAUAACUAUAAGAAACCAAAGUGUACAUUCACACCAGACUCACUCAUAAUUUACAUGUGACAAAGUUUAUACCAGAUUGUUCCUAUUUAAUGAUUUGAUUGCCAGGGGAACAAAAGAGUGUUUGUUUGUCUUUGCUAUCGGUGUCUUGUAUCUCUUUUGUAGACACAGUUUAAAAUAUUUAGGAUGGCAUCGUCUACACCUUUACCCUUUUGGUAAGCAAAUUGUAAAGGGUCUAACUUAUUACAAAGAUCAUUCAGAAGAAACAUUUUAAUCAAUUUUUCUAAACAUUUAGACACAAUGGAAGUAAGUGAAACAGGUCUAUAGUCAUUCAUUUCAUUCGGUUUGGAAACCUUUGGCACAGGUACAAUUAUAGAUGACUUCCACACAGGUGGUAUCUCAUGGUUUAGUAAUGAAGUAGAAAAAAUAUCUUGGAAAGGUUCAGCUAGUUGUUCAGCACAUUCUUUUAAGAUUCGCCCUUUUAUUUCAUCAGGUCAACCAGCUUUCAUUGGGUUGACGUUUUUGAAAAUGUUACAAACUUGCUCUUUAUUAAUCGCUAAUUCUAAACAGUUGUUAACAUUGACAUCCUCAAGGGCUUUGAGUCUUAGAUAAUUAAAAUCUUUCGUGUCGAAGCGACAAUAGAAAUCAUUUAACUCGUUGGCCAAUGUUUUUUCGUCUCUUGUAGCAAGAUUAUUUUUAAUUUUGACUUGUGCUCCGCGCUGGACUGUCAUUCAGUUUAUAGAUGGUCACUUAUUUUAUAGCAUUACUGAUAAUCAUUUAGUUCCUUAUUAGUUUAUAAGACAUUUUCAUUUUCUUUUCAUCGGCUUUCUCUGACUUAUUAUACUCAGCUGGAGUUAGUGUCAUUGGUAUUGCUUUUCUUCUCUGUCGUUUUUUUUUACCAGCGUUGUUCUAUUUUGAUACUGAACAGUGUAGGUGCUAGGACACAGCCUUGUUUUACCCCGUUUGAUACUUCGAAGGGCUCUGAUGGUUCACCACUUUCUAGGACACGAGCCUUCAUGCCAUCAUGAAAUAGUCUCACCAUGGUUAUGAAUUAUCGUGGACAGCCAUACUUUGACAUGAUCUUCCAGAGUCCUUCUCUGCUAACAGUGUCGAAUGCCUUUGUUAAGUCGACAUAUAUUGAAAAGAGGUCAGCAUUUUGUUCUUGGCUUUUCUCCUGUAGCUGCCUUGCUGCAAAG